AUGGAAUAUCUGCAGUUGAUGAUUCGAUUGCUCUACCUGGAGUCGGGUGAAUUUGAUCCGAAGGGGCAAGAAUUAGAGCAUUGGGAUAAUUUAAUCUCUGGAGAUACUGACUUCUUCGUUUUCAAUUCCCCAAAUGAAGCAGCGGCUUUUAAGGAUAUAAUGCAGAAGCCAGAUUCCCAUCUUAUGCCUCUGGUACCGGAAUCUUCCAUAUAUAAUGGUUUGAGCGAUGAUAGCAAAGCUAAAAUAGAAGACUAUCGUCCCGAGCCUUUAGCAGUCACAGACCAAAUGCAGGACAAACAUUACGUUGCCAUGACUAGCAAUACAAAGGAGAAAGCAGAUGCUGAGUUUGCUUCUGUGAUGAACCAUAGUAAGCGGAGGCGAUGUCUAGACUUUGAGACGGCCAGUGUGCAAAGGAAGAACUCAGAUCAUAAUUUAAAAUCCGAUUCUCUUGUACAUUCUAAUGAAAAGCAACUGGUUGCUGCAAAAUGCAAUAGCAGUUCACAGCAAUGCACUAUGCCUGCAGUUGGCUUAGAUUUGAAUGCACUUGCAGCCUUGAAGGGAGACAAAAAAGUCAUAAGUAAUGACAAUUGGCCUUGUGAAAUUCAUGUUAAUCUUCCUAGUUGCACUUCAGUGCAAAUCUAUACCAGUCAUGAACAUCAUGAUCCAUUGGCAGUGGAGGUGGAUUCAUCAGACAUUGGGCCUCAGCCAGUUGAGGAUAGUUCCCAUGCAUCAGAUUUCACUGUUGAUGAAGAUGUCAAUCAGAAUAGUCCCCAAAAGAAAACACAUGGAGACUGCAAGCGUUGUAACUGUAAAAAGUCAAAGUGCUUGAAGCUAUAUUGUGAGUGCUUUGCUGCUCGUACCUACUGCACUGGCAACUGCUCAUGUAAGAAUUGCCACAACAAACUUGAUCAUAAAGACGAAGUCCUUCAAGCUCGCAAGCAGAUUGAGUCUCGCAACCCUCUGGCUUUUACUCCUAAAGUCAUUCCUGAACCUGAAAUUGGGAAUGACCCAAAUAAAACUCCAGCACCAUCACGACACAAGAGAGGAUGCAACUGCAAGAAAUCAUCCUGCCAAAAGAAAUACUGUGAAUGCUUUCAGGCUGGUGUUGGAUGUUCCAUAAACUGUAGAUGCGACACGUGUAAGAACACGUUUGGUAGAAAGGACGGUGAGUUGUCCCUUCUUUUACAAAUUAAAUACAAAUUAAAUACCUGUCAGAAUCUAACUGUUUUAUUGUUUCGAUUUUAA